UCAUUUGAGUAGCAGCAGUUGUGCAAGUCAGGCAGCGCCGAAAAUGCCUGUUUCUAUAGAGAAGAACGACUCCAAGCUGAAAGCCUGGUGUCAAAAAGAACUCUCUAAGUUCUAGGCUUCCCGUGGAAGAGGAGCUAGUAGAGCUACCUGAUGUCUAUGCAGACGGCCAAGGACGUGGGGAUACCUGGAAGAUCUCUUGGGAACAAAUCCGACGCCUUCCAGAAGGAGUUUCUGUCUCACUGGCACCCCCCGCAGAGGGUCCCCACACUUCUGGGCCCCUGGAGGCCCAAAUUCUGGAGGACCCUCGCAGGAAGACAUGGUGCUGUUUCGUGGGACGGAGGUGGGGGUUCGCAGGGGGAAAAAGUGGCGGUGGCUCGAGUAAGACAGACAAGACAAAGAAAGAACAUGCCAUGCCCCUCCUCCUGGGUUCUCUAGAGCACAGCCACACCUCUUCUGCAGCUGCUGCUCCGCCCUGGAAAUCCAGCCACGCCUCUGAUUCCCACCUGAACGCCCCCUCCGGUCUCUCUUCCUCUUCCAUUCACAUCGCGUCAGUCUGGAGGCCAGAGCUCCGUGACGUCAACGCAUCGACAAAGAACAGAAGUUUGUUCCUCUGAUAAG